UAUGUGUGCAGUUUCAGUGUCCAAGCUUUUGGAGCUGUUCCAAAUCUGCUACAACUGCGGCCAUUUCGGAGCAGAAGGCCGGAUUUCGGGGACAGACGGUUCAAUGGUGACCAUCACACAGUCAUGCUUGUCAUGUGAUGGUAUCUGGAAAUGGCAGAGCCAGGAAAUGAUUGGAACAGUAUAUGCUGGUAACAUCGGCCUAUCGAUGGCAAUUCUUGCAGCGGGUGCUAUUCCAAGCAAAGUAAUAAGGGUCCUGCAAUUCUGGGGCAUUCGAAGCAUUUCCUCCGGAACAUAUUUUCGACACCAGUCAAAGUACCUGAACCAGGCAGUACGUAAUGUUUGGGAGGAGGAGACCAUCCGGGCACUGGCAGCUGUAGAGGACGUGGCCAAACUCUCCGGUGAUGGAAGGUGCGAUUCGCCCGGCCAUUGUGCGAAGUAUGGUUCUUACAGUUUACAUGACACAGAGAGAAACGCCAUUGUCAUGACACAACUUGUUCAGUCCACUGAGGUUAAGAACUCCUACCACAUGGAGCUGGAGGGUCUGUCCCGAUGUGUCGAUGAAGUGAAAGCAUACGCCCCACAUGUUAAGAUAGAAUUAACAACUGAUGGCCACAAAUCAGUGGAGAAGUGGUUGAGAGAGGAACAAUCGGACACCAUAAGGCAUUAUUUUGAUGUGUGGCAUGUUGCUAAAGGACUGAGGAAAAGACUCAAGCCCAUAACCAUGAACAGGCGGUUUCAGCUGGUCAACAAAUGGCUGAAAAGUAUUAUCAAUCACUUGUACUGGUGUGCCAUGACCAGCAAUAACGACCAAUCAUUGAUCUUGGCCAAGUGGAGAUCAAUAGUGAACCAUAUAGCCGGCGUCCACACGCACGAAGAAAACGAACUGUUCCCCAAGUGUAUCCACAGUCGUAUUCGAAGGCAGUGGUUUAAGAAAGGAACAGAAGAAUACGACAAGGUGUGUGCUCUGCUUCUCAACAAGAACCUUCUACAUUCAAUCUCAAAGCUCAGCUCGGAUGGCCAGACAUCUGGUUUGGAGGGAUACCAUAGCAGCCUUCUACACUUCGCCCCAAAGAUGUACCAUUUCGGAUACAAUGGGAUGAAAAGCAGGCUAGAGAUUGCUGCGUUGCAUUUCAAUGAGAAUGCUGGGAGGAAGCAGCACCAGAAUAAGGAUGGCCAACUUCGGUUUUCUGUUCGUCAUCCAAAGAACCGAUAUGGAAAUCAUAUUGUGACGUCAAGAUCAGGGGCACCGACAUUUGGUUAUGUUGAUAAGUUUGAGGAGGAAGUCAAGAGGCUGGUUUUGACUGGGCAUGACUACACGAUUGACAAGGGAGACACUCCUGCACCUCUUUGUUCACGGUUUGAAAGGCCACCCAAAGAAGAAGCCAUCAAGAUGCAGCAAAAUGCCCAUGCACAACGCUUCAAGAAAAAUUAACAGGACAUUAAACUGUUAAUGUGGUCAGUCUUCCACCUAUCAUCCUGCGCAUUGGAUGUUGUUCGCUGCUCCAUAUUAAUCAACAUAAAGCGGCAGCCUCAUAAUUUUUGGAAAUAUUAUCCAGCUACUUUUUCCGCUCCGACUGUGUAGAAGGGAGGGGUUGAGCUAUGGACUUCUUGGACGAAGUCUUGUGUUUCUAAUGUA